UUUGCCUUUUAAGUAUUAUAUAAAACUAAUUAUUAUUAAGUUCAUACAAAAUAUUAAGUACGUAAAAUAAUUACGAAUGAUUUAGUAUAAUACUGUGGAGCGGUUCCAUAUUUAUUUUGUGUGGUUGCUUGGGAGCAGCUUAGGCAUUUGUUUUUCAAAUAAAAUUCUAUACUAAAAUUCCUAUCGAAAUGAAUAACAUUUUCAAUAACACUGAACAUAAAACAGUACAAAAUAAAAAUGUCCCAAUAAAUCCAGAACUUAGAGCGCGGAAACGUGAAGAAUUUAUAAAAGAAAAACGAAGUCAACUUUUACGAGAAAAUAAUGAAGACUUACGGCAGCUGGAACGUUCACUACGUAAUGCCUACAUUUACAAAGAGUUGGAUUUACAAAAGGCUGAGCUGGAACGUAAGAGGGAAACGGAAAAAAUUUCUAAGCUUGAAGAACAAGUACGUAUAAGUAAAGAGCUGGAAGAAUUGAAAGAAAAACAAAAAGCUGAAGAGGAAAAGAUACGCUUACAAAAGGUGCAAUUUCGGGACAUGUUGCAACAACAAAUUGCAGAAAUAAAUAAACGCCGAUUGGACAAAUAUGAAGUGGCAGUGUGUGAACACGUUGAGAUGCAAAAACUCAUUAAAAAUCUGGAAGACGAACUCUAUGCUGAAUCCUUAGCUCUAAUGCAACAACGCGAACAUGCCAAACAGGAAAUGGAACUUUGGAAACAGAAAAAAGAGCAUUUACAAGCUUUAGAAAAUAUGAGAGAUAAAUUAGAAAAUGAAAAUAUAAUAAGAAUACAAGAACAACGUGAUGCUGAGCAACGACGACUUAGAAGUAUUAGGCAGCAUGCAAUGGAGGAAAAACGGUUAUUAGCGGACACAAUUGGUCAGCAAUUGCAUCGUGCAGAGACUGAGAAACAGCGCAGGGAAAAUGUUUUACAGAAUCUUUUAAUUGAAGAGUGCAAAGCUGUGGAAGACUUCCGAUAUAGACAAAAUUUAGAGAGACAAGAAAGACAACGUAUGCAAGUACGAGAAGAAAUUGAAAAACAUAGAGCUGAACUAUUACAACAGAAAUUGGAUAGUCAAAAAGCGAAAGAAGAGCAAAUCCGUAUCGAACGUUUGAAUAUGUUAGCCGAACGGGAUAAAUUAGAACAAUUAUCUGAUCAACGCAGAAGGCAAAAAAAAUUGGAACAUAAACGUGAAGUUGAGGAAAUGUUAAAAGAACUGCGGAAUAGACGAACAGAGGAACAAAUUAAACAAAUACAUGAACGUGAUCUACAACUUUUGAUAGAACGUCAGAGAUUGCAAGAAAUUGAAGAUGAACGUCAAAAAAUAUUACGUAAACAUCCAAAGGAGAUUAUAAAACUCUUACCACCAAAUAUUUUAGGUGAAAAAGAUAAAAGCUUUUUGAAAGAUACUAACUAA